GUUUGAAUUGAUGAUUUAGAUGACAUCUUAAUUCUCAUAUCAUUCUACCAUUUACCUGUGCAAUAUGGUUAUUCUGCUAUACAUUCUCUUCAUCAUCAUAAAGGGUCCAACCCUUUGCUUUGGAAAUAUUGGUCGGUUUAUUAUUAUAGGGCCGAGGACAAAAUUUUGAAAGUUGGAGAAGAGCUAUGGAGAGAAACUCUGCCGUUACGUGGUGGCUCUUGCUUUUAUCAACUACAAGGUCUGAAACCCCAAACGUGAUACCCGCUAGCUUUUCCUUACAAUUGAAGAGAAACAAGUCAGAUGUUGUACUGAACAAUAACAGGAGAUUGCUCAACACUGAAAAGCUCAUUUUUAAGACCUACAGCGAUCAGGAUGCAACCCAUUUAGUAUUAGUAACUGUGGAGCCAGAGGGGUUUCCUGCAAAACCGCAUGUACCCGAGAGGAAAUUUAUUAUUUUUAACAUAGUGUGCGAUGAACUAUUGCUGGGCAUACCCUACAAAGCUUGGUGGGUGGUGGCACUGGCACUCCUGUGUCUCGGAAUUGCAUUCGCCGUUCCUUCUUUUCUUCCAUUGUAUUUGCUACCAAAGAACCAAGUGCUACAGUCAGACCGUGUUUCGAAAACUUCUUGACAGGCUUCCCAAGAUGAUAUAGUUUUUGUAUGAGUAUUGUCUAUCCAAAUGCUGAGGCACACUGCAUGUCAUUUAAGAUAUAAUUUUGGAAUUCAUCUGACCACUGAUAUUUCAAGUUUUCUAUUUUUGCCUUCGGUUAUUAUAAUGUAACAACUAUUACUCUGAUAUUUUAGCAUUUCAUUACAUUAGUUAUCUUUUCUCUCAAUCUAAGUCAACUCAUCCAUAAUAUGAAGCUUGGGUCUUUUGGGACUCUCAACAGUGUCGUCAAAGUGUCACAUCCGCGCCAAAUUCAAUAUAGUGCCAUGGAAAAGUUGUAUUGUGGUGCCAUGGCGGCCGCCAUUCAUGGCAGUUUGGCGGAAGUUACAGAAAUUGUGGUUUUAUUCUUAGUCUGAAAAUCUUUGUCAAUGUAUUUUUACCCUACCUUAAAACAGAUUCAAAAGAAUUAAAACUCUUAUUAAAUACUAAUAAUUUUCAUUAAAUUCUAAUAACUCAUUGAGUACUA